AUGAAGAUUGGAUAUACCUUUUUGGGCAUUUGUGCCUCAAUUCAAUUCUUAUCCAGUGUAUGCCUUAUUGAUCUGGACGUUACUUCACCCGACUCAAUUAAGAACAUCGCAAAGGCACUUUUCUCGAACCUGCGGAAGCAAUAUACUAGUGACCGGCUAGGCGACGUCCCUGACAAUCUUCCAGAUCCCUAUUAUUGGUGGGAAUACGGUACCAUGUUCAACGCAUUCAUCGAUUACUGGUAUUAUACCAGAGACGACCAGUACAAUGCUAUUACGAUGCAGGCUCUGCUACAUCAAACUGGGGACUACGAUGCCUGCAUGCCACCGAAUCAAUCCAGAACCCUUGGAGAUGACAACCAAGGUUUCUGUGGCAUGGCUGCCAUGUCGACGGCUGAGAACAAACUACCCGACCUCAAAGAUGGACGGGAUGCAAAGAGAUGUGGUGGCGGCUUCAAGUGGCAGAUCUUCUUUACGAAUCCAGGAUAUAUUUACAAGAACAGGAUUUCCAAUGGAUGCUUCUUUAAUAUCGCCGCACGUUUAUACAAAUCUCUUGGAAACAGUACUUACUCUGUAUGGGCAAAAAAGACGUGGAAGUGGGAACAGUCUAUAGGACUUAUACGCCGAGAGUUCAAUUUCUUUGAUGGCAACGGCGACUCUGAGAACUUCACAAUCAUCAACUGCAUUCAAUGGACUUACAAUGCUGGUGUGCACAUGUCUGGUGCUGCUGCCAUACUUCAAGGUAUCAUUAGUCGAAUCAAUAUCUUCUUCAAGGACGGCGUUAUUAGCGAGGUCGCUUGUGAGAACAAUAGCAAGUGCGAUAACGACCAGUACUCUUUCAAAGCAUACCUUGCCCGCUGGCUUGGGUACACUGCUAUUAUCGCUCCAUGGACGCGCGACCAGAUUGACCCCUUGCUGAAAGCGUCAGCAAAGGCUGCUGUAGCCCAGUGCAAUGCUGGCGCAGAUCAGGUAUUGCUCUAUCCCACCGUAGAUGGUCCGGCUACUGCUGGAAUAGGCGGUAUUUCGAAGAGUGACCCGACACUGGAAUCGAGUCGCCCAAUGAUGAUGGCUGGUGUUUCUAUCCUGACUGUUGUCGUAGUAUUUGGCUCACUUGUCGGUCCUUGGUGGAUGGUUGUGUGA